AUGUACGCGGAAGGGGCGGCUACCAGACCUGGCCAUGGAGCUGACAUCAGCAGAGACAAUCUCGAGCAAGCCGCAGCGGCGAGCCUGCUCUUCCAACUGCAGAGAGACUCCGGCGUCCAAACCAUUUCCGUUGGAGAGAUGGACAUCCAUUCCGUAUCGCGCGGCGAGGCCGGAAUGCUCUCCACCCUCUCGGAAGAGACCGAUCUCUGGUCCGCGGUCCACGUAGACACCGGUCUUCGCGCCGAUGUUCACAGCUGUCCUGGAUUGCUUAGCAAAGCCGAGAGGGAAAACGUCGCGGCAGUGAUGGCCGAACACGGGGGAGCUCUGUACCGCCCGGAGCAUAUGCAGCGCGCGCUGGCCGCGGUGGGCGACCGCGUGUCGAGGCAAGAGGCUGAGAAGUUGCUGAUGGAAGCAGGCGGCUCCUUCUCCUCUGUGCUCGCCUUCGAGCGGAUGCUGAAUGACAUCAACAUUGCGGCGACAGCUGUCCAGACGUGCGUGCCGGAAAGCGCGAGCAACGUGCAUAUCCUGCGCCCGCAUAUGAUGCGGAAGGAGUAUAAGAGGGGCGAGAUUCUGGCCCUUCAGGGUGACAUCGAGGCCGAGUUCUUCGCCCUUACCGCGGGCUCGGUCCACGUCAUCAAGGACGGGAAGAUGGUGGGCGGGAUGAGUGCCCCCGACUACUUCGGAGAGCUGGCGCUCCAUACGCAGGUGCCCCGGUCUGUCACCAUCCAGGCGGCCGAUGACGUCACGGUUUACAUUCUACGGGAGGCUGACUACGUCAGGCACAUGAAGGAGGAGAACGCGGACAAGCGCGCCAAGUACAGCGCUUUCCUGGCGUCCGUGCCUUUCCUGAAGGACGUGGAGCCUUACGGUCGCCAGAAGCUGUGCGAUGCGCUGAAAGAGGAGCGCUUCGAAGACAACGAGAUCAUCAUCCAGGAAGGCGAGGAGGGCUCUCGCAUGUACAUAGUCACGGAGGGGGAAGUCGUCACGGUGAGAAUGCCCGACGGCAAGCAGCCGGUCCACGCCGCCGUGGUCAGAGUAGGCGGCUUUUUCGGGGAGCGCUCCCUGAUCAAGAGCGAGCGCCGUGAUUCGACGGCGAUCUGCCACGGCCCCGUCGAGUGCGUGUCGCUGGACCGCACGUCGUUCCUGCGGCUGCUGCAGAGCCAGGCGACGUCCAGCAUCGUACAACACAUCGUGCGCGGCUACCGGACGGCCGCGGACGCCAACCAGGUGGCCACGCUGGGCGCCCUGGUGUCGCUCCAGCUCAUCGACUCGGCCGCAUUUGAGGACGAGGCAUACGCUAUGGACGUGGUCGAGGGGCACGUGCCCAUGGACCUGGACGGCGUCCUGUACAGAAACGGCCCCGCCGCAUUGGAGGGAGUCGGCGGGUGGCGACUGAACAACUCAGUCGACGGUGACGGCUGUGUCGCCGCCUUCUCCUUCUCCGGGGGGAAGGUCCACCUGACAAAGAAAAUUGUACGCACGGCGGCUUUCGAGCGGGAAAAGGCGACCAGGAAAUCUAGCUGCAGGGGGGCCUUUGGCACGCUGAAAAGUGGGGGGUAUCUUGCGAACCUCCUGGAUCUGCGCGUGAAGAACCCGGCAAAUACCAACGUGGUUUACUGGGGCGGCAAGCUGCUCGCCCUCUGGGAGGCUGGUCUUCCCCACGAGCUGGAUCCCGACACUUUGGAAACGCGAGGAAUGACCGACUUGGGGGGUGCGCUAACCAGCCUGCUUUACCCGGUGUUCAAGUGGUUGGACCCCCCCUUCCAGCCCGCAUUCGCCGCUCAUCCUCGGAUCGACCCGGUGAAGAAACGAUUCGUCAGCUUCAGCGCCACGACCUUCCCAUACGCUAUCAACAACACGAUGCGGCUGACGUGCUACGAGUGGGACGAGGACUGGAACCUGGUGUUCACGCGCGCUGUGUGGGCCCCAUUCACACUGAUGCACGACUUUUGCAUCACGCCCAACUACUACGUAUUCCUGUACACACCAGGAAACAUGGACCUCCUCAGGUUCAUUCUGAAGCCCAAGGGGGGAGUCGCGGGGGCCAUCCACUUCAGCAACACUGAACCGGGGCAGAUUCUCCUCAUCUCCCGACACGAUCCGACCGCACCCGUCCAGAUUUUCAAGACCCCCCCGGUGUCGUCGCUUCACCACGCAAAUGCCUUUGAAGACGGCAACGGAGGAAUCGUUUUGGACACCCUGAAAUACACUCGAGUCCCCAUGUCGUACAUGAAGAGCGCCGCGGAGCGCGGUGCGUACCCGCCGCUGGACUUCCUUCCGGCGUCGAACCUGGUGCGGCUGCGGCUCGACUUGGCCACGGGGCAGACGACCAUCGAAACGAUCGACGAGCGCAACGGCGAGUUCGCCGCGGUGCACCCGGACAAGGUCGGCAGCAGCGCGCGCUACAUCUACACCGCGUCGUGCCAGGUUCCGGAAGGGGGGGCUCUCUUCGACGCGCUCCGCAAGGUCGACACCAGCGGCUCGACCGCCCCGCAAGUGUGGGCGGAGUGGCCGACCGUCUACGUGGGCGAGCCCAUCUUCGUGCCACGUGGCGGCCAGAGAAGCGACGAUAUCCUUCCGGAAGACGCGGGCUGGGUGCUGGUGCUGCUGUACGACACGGACCUGCUGAUGACGGAGCUGGCCAUCUUUGACGCCGAGGAUAUCACGAAGGGCCCGGUCGCCCUGCUCCGGUGCCGGCACAACAUGGCGUAUGGGCUUCACGGCACCUGGGCUCCCCGAGCUAACCUGGACCGCGGUCGGAGGAAGUAACCGGGUGACGUAAGCAAGGGACACGUGGGCUGACUACAUCUGCAUGGGCUCAAUCAGCAUAGGUCGCGCAGUCGAUCCAAGGGGAUCACGUUGGUUACACAUCUGGUCCAGA